UCGGAGCCCGCCUCUUCCUGUAGGCGGGGCUACCGGUUGGCGCGGUCGCGGUCGCGCCAAUGCGCAGCCGCGAGAGGGCGGUACCACGGCAGUGCGACAUGGGGGGGCGCGGAGCAGACGCCGGAAGUAGCGGUGGUACAGGUCCCACCGAGGGGUAUUCACCGCCGGCAGCGUCCACCCGCGCCGCGGCAAGAGCCAAGGCCCGAGGGGGUGGGCGUGGCGGCCGCCAGAACGCGACACCCUCUGUUCCCUCAUCUCGCGGAGCGGCGCCGCGUCGCUCCCCUCCACCGGCUGCCAUGAGCGAGCGCCUCCGCCCCAGGAAAAGGAGAAGGAAUGGCAACGAAGAGGACCACCAUCUUCCCCCCCAAACCAAAAGGAGUAGUAGAAACCCCGUCCUUCACGAUUCCUGGGACACAGAGACAGUACCUGUAACGAAAAACAGUAAAGAAAACAGACUAAGAGGAAACAGAGUGUUCUGCGUGUCUUCCAGCAGCGACAGCGGCGGGAGCAGCAGCGGCAGCAGCAUCCACAGCCCGGACAGAGCGAGCGGGCCCGAGAGCAGCUUGAGCCACAUGGGCGCCGGGUCCGGCCCGAACACCCCCCAGCCCGUUCCCGAGCAGUCCGCGCUGUGCCAAGGCCCUUACUUCCACAUCAACCAGACCCUGAAGGAGGCCCACUUCCAGAGCCUGCAGCACCGAGGACGGCCUCUGACAUGAUGUGUCGGCAGUUUCUUGCCUUCUGUGAAGGGACAGCGCUGUGCAGAUUUGAUAUUUCAACCUACGGUGUUUUAAAAAAUUGCACAAAAAUACGCCUGUUGGCUUUUCAGUCUAUAUUUGAAGUAACAGGUUGACAGGCACUUGUUUACUUGUGGUUUUGCUGCACUAUUGCAAUUUCAAAGGGGCUUCGAAGCAAUUUUUUAUAGGAUUCUUUUGAGGGUGGGUAUCACAUCCGUGCCGAGGGAAUGGCAUGAGGAAGUGUCAUCUGCGUGUCAAAUCCAUAGUCUGUCCAGUUCAGAUUAGUUUCCAAAUCUGUCAAUUAGAAACGCUACUUUAUGUAAAAAGGCCUUUUAACAAUGUGGGAUCUUCAAGUUUUUAAAUUCAAUAAAUCAGCGAAGAGUAUCUAGUUUCCAUGGAAAAAAAACCCUAAGUUUUUUCCCCCAAAAUUUAGAAAGCUUGAUUCAGUCUUGCACUGAAAUUAACGGCCAUACUACCUCUUAGUAUGUAGAUGUCCUGUUGAAAGCGCUCCGUCCUUUCUAGCAGGAGAACAAUCAGAUCCGAGUCAGACCGCAGAAGCGAAGCACCCUUGCUAAUCACCGUCUUCUCUCUUUGUUAUAUAUUUGUAUUUCCAGAGAGAAUCUCUUUCAGACUUGUAUACCCAGAUAACUUCUGCUACUGUUACUCCUCCAGAGCCUCCGUCUCAGACUUAGUAGGACACAUUGCACAGACCUGGUAGUCCAGAAGUACAUAACCGAUGACUUCUGUCUCAGCCACAGACCGGUCCUGUCAGCAGCCUCCGUGCUCUCACUGGGAGUGGCCUUGGGGGUCCAGGAGCAAGGCGCUGCUGCACGCGGACCAGGCGUGAGCGCUCUGAACUGCUUUCGGACGUCACCAGUAUCGUGACGCCGCGGAUAAGGCUUCGCUUUACGCUUAACAUAACCCCUAACAGUAAUCCGGGAGCCACAUUCCACCGCCAGAACUGGAAAGACUCGUGUGGCUUAGAAAUAAAUGAGCAGAGGCACCGUUAGAAGAAGUGAUGUAGUAUUUAUUUAGAGAGAGAUGGGUAUGCUCCCGUGUUAUUUGGUCAUGCUAGAGAGCCAGCCUAGCUUGAAUAAUGAAGGCGUAGACGUGUCUUCCUCCUCACUGACCAGCUGUCUGAACAAGGAGCCAGGGUGCGUUGGGUCACUUGCUUGGGAGAGGGCCGGGGGGCCAACCUGCCAUGCAUGUAGAGGAAAGUGCCUUAGAGUCUCCCCAGACCCGCCCGCCUGCCCCCCCUGCACUGGGAGCCCACACAGCACACACGAGCAGACCUCAGAAGCACCAGUGCUCUAGGAAGGGGCCUUUGCUCUUGUCCAGAUCUGCAGAGGCUACAGGGGACACAACGCGAUUUUAUCAUGUGGCAGAACUGACACUUGAAGGGGAGGGCUCUUCCUGGGAAAAGGGUAAAGACACGCGCCUCCUUUCCCCGGCCGGGCCUCUCCUUCGGACGGCACGUACAGGUCAGGUACUUGAAGGGGAGGGUCGGGCAGAGGCCCGUGCUCGUGGCGGGGCCGGUCUGUGCAGGGACCUGUUGCCGCCACUACCCUCUCCCAUGUGUGACAACCAGAUGUGUGAUGAGGAUCUGGGUCCUAAUGGGUUUGCCGGCAGGGAAGAUGGAAAGGCUGCGUUGCUAAGACUUUGUCUAACAAGAAAGCAAACAGAACUAAAGGCUGUAAGAAGACAGGCUGUUUGGGCUCAAACAUGUACACAGCACAACUCAGAAAUACCCAGGAGGACUCCUGCGGGCUUAAUGGAUGGCAGCCGACUGAAACGAAACGUGUAUCAACAAGAAAACGUCAACCUCCAGAAAGCAACUUCCCUUUUAUUUCCCACCCAACCGAAAGAAAUGGAAGAUGAAACCACCACCAGAACAAAAACGUCUCUUUUCCACAUAAGUGCAGUCCUAGCGCUGGGUUAGCAGUGACCUCGCUCGCCCUACAAGGAGCAGUCUCCGUCCUGUCCUGCCUGUUUCCCACAGCCUGGGCAGCCCGAGAGGCCGCUUCUGUCACGAGGCUGCGUGACAGUGUAAACGGGCACCUUCUCAAACUUCUGUCAGGGCACCUUCUCAAACUUCUGUCAGCUCGAGCUAGUGAACCUUGUACUCUCUGUCGCGCCGCCAUUAAAAGCAGCAUUAGUGCA